AACCGAAUCUUUUCACUCUACUUUUGGUAGUUUGUUUGUUUAAGAGAGAGAGAGAGAGAGAGUGGAGAGAGAUAGAAAGAAAGAAAGAAAGAAAGGAAGAAAAUGCAUGGAACCGGAACUUCUUCCCUUCUUAAUGUACUUCUUUCUUUUUAAGUUCUCUUUUUUUUUUAAGCAUCGAAUCCUGCGACGGAUUUUGUUGUUAUUGGUUUUGGCUUUGGAGGCGACAAGAAGGGGAUUUGAGAUUCUUGAGUUCAAGGUUUACAACUCCGUCAUUUGUUCCAUUGAUUUUUUUAUUUUAUUUCUUAAAUCAACAAGAACGUGAAGCAUCAUUCAUAUUCUCUAAGUCAGCUGACAGCUUUUGCUUUGGUGCUUGACCAUGGGGAACAAAGAAGAAGGAAAAUCCUCAAAGACCGAUAAAUUGUCAUCACCCACACUCCCGGAUCAGACCAAUAUCCAUAUGUAUCCUGAUUGGGCAGCCAUGCAGGCGUAUUACAGCCCUACAGUCCCACUUCCACCAUAUUACUUUUCAGCUAUGCCAUCUGGUCAUCCUCCACAUCCCUAUAUGUGGGGCCCACGGCCUAUGAUGCCACCUUAUGGGUCGCCUUAUGCAGCUUUGAGAAAUACCCAUGAAGGAGUUUAUGCACGUCCUGCAGCUUCUCUGAAUGCAGUUCCGCUGAGAAUAGAGACACCAACAAAAUCAUCGGGAAUUAUGGAUUGCAGUCUAAUGAAGAAGUUGAAAGGAUUUGAUGGAUUAGCAAUGUCAAUAGGUAAUGGCAAUGCUAACGGUCCUGAAGGUGCAUGUGAACAUGGGUUGUCCAAGAGCGUUGAUACUGAAGGCUUCAGUGAUGGAAUUGAUGGGAGUACAUUAGGGGUGGAUCAAACCAAAAGGAAAAGAAGCCAGGAGGAAACACCAACUGCUGAGGGGGAAAAUCAGGCACAGACAGGCUCGAUUACUGCUGGGGAAACGACGUCAGCCUCAAACAAAGUAUUGGGCACAGCUGGUGGUCCUGCUAACAUUAUAGGAAAUGCUGCUGGAACUGUACUGUCUCCUGGAAUGAGCACAGUGUUGACACUCCGGAACUCAUCAACAUGGCUGAGGAAGCAGGCUGAGACCGAAGAACUCGCACAUAGAGUUGAAUGUCUGACAGCUGAGAAUGUAGGACUAAAAUCCAAAAUAGGUCAGUUAACAGACAAGUCAGAUAAACUAAGGCGAGAAAAUGCAGCCCUGAUGGAGAAACUGAAAAUUGCACAACUAGUGCGGACAGUGGAGAUGGGUCUGAAUAACAUGGAUGAUAAGCGUGCUCCGCCUGUUAGCACUGAGCAAGAGAGCGAGGUGUAUGAGAAAAAAUCAAACUCUGGUGCUAAGUUACAUCAACUCUUGAGCGAUAUUCCCAGGGCUGAUGCUGUUUCUGCUGGCUGACCAAGAACCUAGUUUUACCAUGAUGAGUGGGAUGUUAAUUUUUCAGGUGAAACUUUAGUAACACAGGUUAGGAAAUUUACUGCUAACAAUUAGCCAGAAGGGUGGUAAGAGCAGAAUGGAGUUUGUUAUCCAUCUCUCUUAUUUUACUAGUAGUUUAGUUCCCUGAUGGCAGAACUGAUGUAUUUUUACUAAAAUCAGAGUGCUAGGGUGCCCCCUUGAGAAAUAUUGUACAUGGAAGAGAAAUAGAGAGCCAGUUUAGGAACUUAUUGGGACAUGUAUUUUGUUGUUAAAUUUUAUUUGUAAUGUGAUCUGGAUUUUGUAUGAUUUACCAAUGAGAAA